AUGAACCAGACUAUGGAAAUUUCAUCGUGGUCGAAAGACCGGGUACAAGCGCUCUUUGACUUGCCGUUUAGCGAUCUGCUGUAUCAAGCUCAAACUAUUCAUCGUGCAAACUUUUCUCCAAAUCAAGUGCAGAAAAGCAGGUUGGUAAACAUCAAGACCGGUGGUUGUCCGGAGGACUGCAAGUACUGCAGCCAGUCAAUUCGCUACAACACCGAUGUCAAAGCGAGCAAGUUGAUGAACGUCACAGAUGUCAUCGCAGAUGCGAAACUUGCAAAGUCAGACGGCGCCACACGCUACUGUAUGGGGGCAGCAUGGCGUCGACCUCAGACGAGCCACAUGGAUAACCUUUGUACCAUGGUACGAGAAGUAAAAGCGUUGGGUAUGGAAACCUGCAUGACGCUCGGUAUGCUGAGCCGUGAUCAGGCGAUCAUGCUAAAAGAAGCCGGUCUUGACUACUACAACCACAACAUUGACACGUCACCGGAAUACUACGAAAAGAUCAUCACUACUCGAACUUUCGAGGAUCGACUGGAAACUAUCGGUUACGUUCGCGAAGCAGGCAUGAAAGUGUGUUGCGGCGGGAUACUCGGCAUGGGUGAAACACAGAAUGAUCGCGCCGGCAUGUUGCGCUUGCUGGCAAAUAUGGACGAACCCCCGGAAAGUGUUCCGGUCAAUUUGCUUGUUGCUAUACCUGGUACGCCUCUUGAAGACGCAGAGCCGGUUGAGCCGAUAGAUUUUGUACGAACCAUUGCUGUCGCGAGAAUCAUGCUGCCGAAAUCCAUGCUUCGGCUUUCUGCAGGUCGCCGAACAAUGUCUGAAGAGCUUCAGGCGCUGUGUUUUUUUGCGGGAGCAAACUCCAUUUUUGUUGGCGACCGACUGUUAACGACCGACAACGUGGAAUACGAUCAUGACGCAGCACUAUUCAGCAAGCUCGGACUGGAGGAAAUGCCGCCGGAAUCUGAAACGACUUCCACUUCAAAUGUACUCGACUUGGCAAAGCAUGUAGUCUCAUGA